AUGUCUAGACCGAACGCUGCAUCUACAAAGUUCUUAGUCAACCAGGCCUUGAAAGCUGAGCGAGAUGCAUCUAGUGCUGUUACUCAAGGCCAGGCCCUUGAGUCUGCUAUCGACGCCGCCGAAAAUUACAUGAAGGCGUUGAGUCUGACAACCGAAUCAAAGGAUAGACAGGCUCUUGAUGCGAAAUGUAAGGAAUGGCUCACACGGGCAGAAAAGAUCAAACAGAACAAGGACUGGCAGGCCGUUGUCCAGAUUCAAGAGAAAAGCGGUCUCACGGCGCGAUUUCCCAAAUCCACACGUAAACUUACCACACGUGAGGAGAUUAUUCUGCUUGAGAGCGCAAAGCUCAAUGGCUUUAUCUUUCCUCCAUGGAAAAAUGCCCCGGGCCCCGAAGAUUUUGAGAAGGGAGUUGAAGGGCUUUUUACUGACAAGCCAGACCUCCACCUGUCCAAACAGCAAAGGCGCAUUCUGGCAGGCUGGGAGCGUCCCUCUGAGCUGUUGUCUAAGCAUGCAAACAGCAUACAUGGCCUGAAAUCAAGAAUGCCUGUGAUGUCGGUUUCAGGCACUACAGAUCUCGUCCAAGAUAUGUUGACCGACUGCUCCGUCGUUGCCAGUCUCUGUGCUGCUACAUCAAGGUCGGAGCGUGGUCUAGAUAAGCACCAUCUUCCCAUCGUUUUCCCCUGCGAAUACGGGCAGGUAAAUCCAAUGAUUUCCCCUUCAGGAAAAUACAUAUUCCGCUUUUAUUUUAAUGGAUGUUUCAGAAAAGUUGUCAUUGAUGAUCGCUUGCCGGCGUCAAAAACAACAAGAUCACUUCAUGUUGUUGAUCGAAAUAAUCCUAACUUUCUGUGGCCGGCCUUUGUAGAAAAGGCGUAUCUGAAGCUUCGCGGGGGCUAUGACUUUCCUGGGAGCAAUUCUGGUACAGACUUGUGGGUCUUGACAGGCUGGAUUCCCGAGCAGGUCUUCCUCCAUCAAGAUGAUGUAACUGCAGAGCAACUCUGGAGGCGGCUAUUCAAGCGCUUCCGGCAUGGCGAUGUCCUACUGACGAUAGGUACGGGCAAAUUAACCGAGAGGGAGCAGAAAGAACUAGGCUUAGCGAGCGAACAUGACUACGCUAUCUUGGAUAUGAGAGAGCAGAGAGAUCGUCGCCAAAUGCUUGUAAAGAACCCAUGGGCAGGUGACGAUGCCACCACCGGAGAUAUCGCAGACAGUUUCGGACUUGGACAUACAUCUCACACCCCUGCGUCCUCCUUACCAAGGACCUACUGGAUGGAUUGUGAGAGUGUCUUACAAAACUUUGAGAACCUGUAUUUGAACUGGAAUCCGGGAAUCUUUCGCUAUCGGGAAGACAUUCACUUUACAUGGGACCUUUCAACUGCCAAAGGGGUGGCUGGCUGCUUCGCGAAAAACCCCCAGUUUGCUAUUACCUCUGAGAUUGGCGGUAAUGUCUGGCUACUGCUUGGGAAGCAUUUCAGGUCGAUUCAUCAUGAUGAGCAAAACCAAGUGCCCCAAGACGAUCUGGAACCAGGAUUCAUUAGCAUCUACGUGUUCAACGCAAAUGGAAAACGAGUGGCAUUAAGUGAAGGAGCCCUUCACCGCGGUCCAUACGUUGACUCGCCAAAUACCCUCAUGAGACUGGAAAUGCCUCCAGGCACGACCUACACUGUCGCGGUUUCUGAGCAGUCAUUACCCGCUGUCAGCCAGAACUUCACAUUGUCGGCUCUGUCCGACAAUCCCUUGCUCUUGGCGCCUGCCCAGAACCGAUACGCUUGCCUGACAAAAACUCAGGGAAUGUGGAUGCCUUCCACGGCAGGAGGAAACGCCGAAUCUGCCCGCUACCCGUUUAAUCCUCAGUUCCGACUCGAGGUUCAUGACGAUACAGAUAUAUCAAUUCUGCUGGAACCAUCGGAGCCGGAGCUCGCUACGCAUGUCAAGUUGUUCUGGUCCAAUGGACAGCGUGUGACUAGGGUUCGGAACCGCGAUAUCAUAACCGAUAGCGGUGAUUACCGGCGUGGCGGGUCUCUUGCGGAAAAGAAGAGACUCGGCGAAGGAGUCUACACGCUCGUCUGCUCAACCUUCGCCCCGGACCAACUUGGACGGUUCACACUCUGGAUUUCGUCGGCACUACCGUGCGACGUGAAGCCGCUUGCACCAGAGGCAGCAGGGCGACGAGCGGUCAUAUCUGAUAUCGGGGUCUUGACUCCUGGGAAAGAUCGGAUGCUGGCAUCCUUGGAGACCAAUCGCUUGACCCGCAUUAAGCUGAUAGGACGGAGCAGAAUGUCUACGAUCGGAAAUCGCGCCGUUGGCCCGUCUCCAAUGUUGAUGACAGUAGAGCUUGGUCAAGGGCCGUACAAGGAGAUACUGGCUACUUCUGAAGAUGGGAACCAUAGUGAUGCGAUAUCUGGAGUACGAAUUGAGGACUUCGAUCUGCAUCCGGAUCUCGCAGAUCAGGGUGGAGCCUGGAUAGUCAUUGAGAGAAUUGGAGGACCUGGGGGACAAGUUGAGGACCACUUUGAAGUCGAAGCUUUGGCCGAGGAGCGGGUGGAUAUCGGCGAAUGGAUCGUUGAGGAUGCAUGA